UCGGUGGAGAGCGGAGAGCUUGGUCUGCACUGCCGACGCCGCUGGCAGCGAGGCUGUCUCCGGAAGGCGGACCGGCGAUAGCCCAGUGCCCGCUCUUGGCUGCCCGCUGCUCUCUUCUGCGCCCCUCCCAAUCUCAUUCAGGACGCAGUAACCGGUUUUUGUUUUGUUUUGUUUUCUUAAUCACAAGGGCGUGGGUCAGCCUCCCCUAGGACUUCAUGUCUGUAUAUUUCCCCAUUCACUGCUCUGACUAUCUGAGAUCGGCUGAAAUGACUGAGGUGAUGAUGAACGCUCCAUCCAUGGAAGAGAUUGGUCUCAGUCCCCGAAAGGAUGGCCUUUCCUAUCAGAUCUUUCCCGACCCAUCAGAUUUUGACCGUUGCUGCAAACUGAAGGACCGCCUGCCCUCCAUAGUGGUGGAACCCACAGAAGGGGAGGUGGAGAGCGGGGAGCUCCGGUGGCCCCCUGAGGAAUUCCUGGUCCAGGAGGAUGAGCAAGACAACUGUGAAGAGACAACAAAAGAAAAGAAGGACCAGUAGAGUCCCUGCAGGCUCGCCUGGGUCAUGCUAGCCAGCAUAUCUGAACUGUUUUUCCCAUGGUGAUGGAAGAAGAGAGUGAGCCACAGUCAUUCUGAAAAUGUCAAAUGAGGCUUCCGUUUUGCACCUGAAAAUCACCGAGUCGGUUUUCUUUUCUUUCUUUCUUUCUUUUUUUUUUUUAAUUCGUUGAGCAAUGGAGCCCUCUGACAACUUGCAAGGCUGAGAAAGGAAGCUGCUGAGAACGGGUGGGGGUGGGGAGGGAAGGGGUGCUGCUUCUAAGAUCCCUUAUCUGAACUCUCCUGCCAGAGGCAGUGCGCAUGUGUGUAUGGGAGGCGGGGCGGUUCUGGCUGAAGGGGUGAGCAAAUGAGCAAGAAAUAUUUUAGAUUAAAACAACAACAACAAAACAAAACAAACCCCACACUUUUAAAGAGAACUAUAGCCAGGAAGUGCUGCUCGCCAGCAUUUGCUCUGGCUAACAGGCUUCUGACAACCAAGUCUUUCAUCUCCUGCUCUGUUGCUCACAGCCAUCAGCCUUUGCUUUCAUUUCAAGUGUGUUUGGUCACCCACAGAGAUACAGGGCCAGGAGACCCGGCCUAGAAAGCCAUCAGCUAGAGGGAUGCACAGGAAAGGAAGAUCCCACCUGUCCUUCUGCAGAUUUUGCCGCAGUUGCUUCAGGUUCUCAGCGCCCCCAGGGGCCCGGAAGGCUUUAAGGCAUAGUGCUUUUGAGUUUUCCCCCCUAUUUACCCCUUUUUGCCUCCUGGUAUAUAGGGGGAACAGCCAGAGCACUUCCUGCCCUUGUGGGGCAUUCCAAGGCUGCAGGCUGAACAGGGAGCGCCUCCUCCCACUGUGGGUCUCCCAAGAAUUCUUAUGUAGUCUCCAAGGAGCAGAAGGGUGGAAGAGUCAGAUCUCCCAGGCCUGCCCUUCCUUCUUUUUUGGCCACAGCAGUCAGGUGGACGGUCCCUAGCUCUGCUGUGGCCCGACAUCAUCCAUCUGACCCGCAGCAGGACCAUUCCAAUGGGGUUCCCAGUCUGGGUUCCACGGACACUAAAAGCAGAAGGUGCUUCCUGGUUGGGAAGUUGGCUAGUGGGCUACCAUGUAGGACCCUGGGUGGUGCUGCAUUGAUCUGCUGAGGCUCCCGUGUGGGUACCAGGCCUCCAGUGGAGCAGCUGUGGGAUCCAGUUUGAGACAGUAGCUGUGAGAUCACUGCUUCUCCUCAUGGUGCUCCUGAGCACAGGUUGGGAGAAGAAAUGGGGUGCACUGGGGUAUCCUGUAGAAUAGCAGCCUUUAUUCCUUUACCACUUCCCCUGUCUCUGGAAAGGGCAGCAGUUGCAUGAGGAAAUUAACAUCUGGACUUAGCCUCUGAUCGUAGCUCAGAACCUUCUGGAAUAGCGGGUUAGCGGACAGAAUUUUUAGAGCAGCGCUGUUUGGUCAAGAGGUGGACUUAAAGCCUUCCUUGGACUUCGCGUAGCCCGCUGAGGCACUCACAAUGUCCCCUCACGUCUCUGUUAGUCCAGGUUGACCCCCAUCUUUGGACUAGUGUGUCUGGCUCUAUUUAAUACCUCAAAGUCAGUGUGGCUCUGGGGCACGUUGGGGCAAGAGCGUGGGGGUGUGCUGUUGACACGGCAUUCAGCAAGGUUUGGUUCUGGGAUGCCGAUGGUCACCCUCCUCCCCCUGCCUCUUCCCUCUGUCGUCUGCCUGUGAUACACACCGAUGGCAAUAACUUUUUUCUGGCUCCUUGCAGAAGUGGGAGAGGGCUGCGGCCAACCCCACAAUGGGGGAGUUUCUCUCUCUUGCUUCCACUCUGCUCUGUUUUGGCUACAGAGAUCUGUUCAUCCCCCCCUCCACUCCCCCCCUCCCGCAGCAUUUCUCAUCCCUCGCCUCCCUUUAUGGACAGGUGUCUGGGCUUUUAAAUUCCUGUGUUUUGGUGUCUUCUCACCCCUGCCCCAGUUAUCUGUCUUGGUCUUGCCGUGUGAUGGGAUGUGCUUGUAAAUCCAGUAUCAAAUCAGCUUUGUGUAUAUGUGUGUCUAUGGGGUGGCUUCUUCCUUUUGCUGGUCACUAGACCACGUUGUACAACCGUGUGCUGUCUGAGCAGGUCAGGGGCUGACAGCUAACGUCAGGACCCUCAGCGGUUGAGGCUGUUGGGGGAACACAGCUGCUCUUGGACAAGUGGCUGAGCUCCUGCCUGGCCUCCUCUCCUUCUUCUCCUCUUCCACCUCUUUCUUUAAGUAAUUUGUGUGUAUUUCUAACUGAUCGUAUUGAAAAAAAAAUCCUAGUAUUUCAGUGACAUGCCUGUCGUGAGAUGAACCUCCUGUGACUUCUGUCUGUUCUGUAUUGAGGCUCAGGGAGAAACUAGCAUUUUUUUUUCCAAACUACUUUUUGUCACUGUGACAGUUGUAAAUAAAGUUUGAAAAUGCUUUCCA